AUGACACCAACGAUCACAACGCAAACCGUUGUGACAAAGGAGAAAGUUAAUCUUAGUCUAGACAUGAAUACCGAUCUAUUUUGGACAUAUAUCAAACAACGCUUUAACAAAGACUUCGCUAAUUUGGUUUGUCAUGAAUUGAAUUUCUUCGUUCCAAUCGCCUUCAAUAGUGUCGAAAAUCUUGAUAGUCUUAAAAAGUACAUUGAUCGUCGACUUGAAAAAUUAGAUGCCAACUCGAUUAAGAUUUAUUUUGAACAUGAAGGUGAUUGUCAAUCGAAGCUCAUCAUGAAUAAUGCUUACUUAAUGGUACUUGAUAACUUUCGAGAAGAAAUCACUCAACUCAUCAACAAGAAAAAAAAGCCUUUUGGUGGUGUCACAUUCAGUGAUAGUACAGAUACUAGUACGGAUAACCACAAAAUGAGAUCAAAAAAACGUAAAAGUGAAAUUGGCGAUACAAGAGAACGUGUACAACGUCGUAGGCGUCAAAAUCGACCAAAUAAACAUAGUCGAGAUGAAUGGUCAUUUUCGUCCGACGAGUAUGUGGCGCCUACUUCAGCAGAAGUGGGACCGUCAUGCAACUUCAACGAUCGUUACGAUUAUGAUCUGUAUACAAUCGGACGACUCGAUUAUUUUUGCUGCAAGCAUUUUGUCCUCAAAACGGCAACAGAAAUACGAAAAUUUCAACAUCGAGCGCAAUGCCGAUUGCAAAUGCACCAAGAAAAUCUUUAUGAAUACUUCAAAUUUAUGCGGAAUAGUCGAGAUAUUAUGUUAACACUCGAAAAUUACGUUAGCGAAAAGAUCACAAGUAGCAAUGAUGAUGAAAAUAACUUAACAAAAAUAGAUCUUAUCAUUGACAAGUUGAUUGACAUAAAAAAAAGUUAUAAUUUCGUGAAUUUUAGUGAAUAA